AUGUCAGACAUAAGGGAAGAAGCAGAUAUUCAAUCCUAUCUCCCCAUUAGGUUUCCGUCAAAUGCUGUACGGCCUACGAGAAAGACUGUUAUUGUGGUUUCACCGGAGGGAAACUUUGUUGCUACAUCCCAUAAUGACGACCUGAUAGUAUGGAAAAUAUCCGAGGCGAGACCGAUAAAGAUAAAAGAGACGUUUGGUAAUGUGCAUCAAGGAUUCGCUAUUUCCGACCACGGAUAUCUGGCAGCCGGUCAUGGUAAAUUAUCGGUCGUUGCUGUAAUAUCCUUUGGAGAAGAAGAAGACCCGUCAUUCGAACCAGAACUGAAGAAUUUAAGAAGUUCGAGUUCAACGUCAAACGUAAUUGCCCUCAUUGAAGCCACAAAUACAAGCGAUUUUAGCGACAUCCAUUAUGCGUUUCUUCGAUCUCGUGAAUUUGUUGUUGUGAAUGAUGUCGGCGUUCAUCGAUACGAUACUUGUGAAAACCGCUGGAAAAGCAAGACUAUUGAAUUUGAUUGGUGUUCUCCAACAGAGGAUGCUUUCAAUAGACGAACCCCUCACAAGCCUGUUCGAUACUCUAUCACUAACGAGAAACUAAUAUGCAUAUGUGGUAACUACCUGGCGCAGUGGGACCUCGCUAACGAAAAAAAGGAAAUGGAAUAUUACAUUGGGAAUGGAACAUUGGAUUCUACGCGACAGAGAGAACGUGGUGAAGAAGAUUACGUUAUUGCAAUAGACUCUGAGAGUACUUUAUCUGCAUUCGUGGCUGAGGAUGACGAAGCUCAGACAUUGACAAUGUACUGGAUACAAACUGGACUUCCAAUGUCGACGAUACGAGUAAAGAAUGAUACUGACGAUUGGAUCGUUGCUAUGGAGUUUAUAGAGACUUGGGAUUAUCUAUUGUUGCUAACAGUGACAAAGAGAGGAAAGGCUAUGUUAUGGUAUCCGCACAAUCUCUACCAGAAACCUGCUAACGAAGGUUUUGGAACUCCACUAGAUACAAUUAAUCUUCAAGAGUAUGUUAGCCUGACUGAAUGGAGACCUAAUCAGUCAUUUGUAAUUAGUGGAGCAAAGAUAAUAGUAAAAACGGAUGAUAUACCUAAGAUUAUAUGUGCAGUAGGAGAUCGCAUCAAAACACUCCACAAGAAUCUAUUCAAUCAUCCACCAAGCGCUACCGCUAUUCGGCACCUUUCAUUUGAAAAAGACUCUUCACGUUCAAUCAUUUCGGUCAAUCGUCCAGAAAUAACUAAUCUGGAAACAACAGAUCCUUCCGGAGUAUCUCUUCAUUGGACUGUAGAUCUACUUUCUGGGCUUUGUGCUUAUAGAAAUUUAUCUUUCAUCACUUCCAUCAGUGCUCAAGAGUUUAAAUAUUUUGGAAAAGUAGAGGAUUCAAAAAUUUGGGAUAACGGUGAUCUCGCUAUAUUAACUACAAAAUGUCUGUGCAUAUUUUAUCUCAGCGAUAAUGAUACUAUCGAACUUAGUUAUUACUGGGAUAAUGGGAUGAGGUUUGGUAAUGUAAUCAAUUAUCUGCUUGAGCAGACAAACAUUUCUCUCGAAGAACUAAUGGAUGAUACCCUGUCACAUUUGCUUUAUGCGGAGCUUAACGAUGAUGAUAAACCAUUGCCGCCACCUAAUUUCAAAAGUAUCUGGUGGCAUAAGCGAAAAGCAGAAGAAAGUAACGAUUUGACGAGAAUUCGAUUAUUUGGUAAUCUCGUUAACUUAUUGAGAACGAGAGACAAUCUGGCCAAGUAUGGAAAUAUAUUGCUCGCCGAAGCAAUUCAUCAGCGAGACGAAGAUGUGGUCGAGUCUAUAAUCAAGACUUGUAUUGACCUCUUCCGCGAUAACUCAAUUAUGUAUAUUGGCUUCUUGCAAAUUGUAACCGAUUCACUACCAAAACUGUGGGUACACUAUCCUGAUAAAGCCGCAAAAUAUUUUUCAAAUACAUGUUUGAUUUUGGCUCCACAAUGUCACUCUGUACACAGUUUGAUGCUACCCUCCAGUCGUAUUUGUGGUUUUGCAUAUAGAACAGGAAAUCCGAGUGAACUUGUGGAGCGGAGAAAACUCGCGGUUAUAUUGACGCGAACUAUUUCAUGUCUUAUUAGAGGGCAGGUUUCAUUUGAGGGUUGGGUAUGGCAGAUGUUUCUGAGAGCAGUGCUCACUUUGCUGACUUCCAAUGCGAUAUUUGCAAAGUACCUACUGAUAUACACUCCCCUGACUGCAAGUCUCAGCAAAAUAGACCACUUUUUAGAAACAUUGUCGCCUAGUAUAGGCUAUAAAAGACGGUCUACAUUAACCCUCGUUGUUCGGCUGCCGAAUUUUUGUUCAUACCCUCGGCAGUAUUCAGCUAUGAAAGACUUCUUUUUCCCAGCACCGAGUCCAUUUGUUAAAACUGUUAUCAACAGAACACCAGAAUUGUUUAGAAUCUGGGAUGGCGAGGCAUUGAUAGACUUCAAAUGGCGAACAUUUGGAUUUUGUUAUUACCUAUACAUAUGUUACAUAUUUGCUGCAUUUUUUGUAUGCUUCAUAAUUGCAAUAUCACAGACCGAGGAUAGUGAUUUGAGACGAAAUCUCUUCUUAACAGUUGUUGUGUUUGCUGUAUGGCAUCUUCAUUUUGAAGUCAGGCAAUUCAUAUGGAACCCAAUACGUUAUGUCUUCUCACCAUGGAAUUGGUUCG